AUGAACCGCUUCGCCAACGGAAGUUAUGUGUAUAGGUGCCGGCAAUGCGAGAAGAUCGGGCGUAAGUGGCAGAUACUUGACCAUGCUUUAAAGGCCCACGUUCCGGUGGAAAGGGUUCCGUACUUCUGCCAGUUGUGUAAAUUCCGGUGCCAGGACCUACAGACGCUGCUUGACCACACGAGUAAAUACAAGCGUCACACGGAGAUAGUUGGAAAAAAUGGUCCGUGUGAUCUACAAAGGGUUCUCUUAAAGUCAUUAAAUCCUAUAUUCGUUGGAGAAGAUUGGGUCAAGCCUAUGGGCCAGGAAGUAUUGACCGAGUGUUUAAGUCAGGAAAAUCCACUGGUUGCGGAGCCAAAUAUCCAAUUCCAGUCAUGGAUACUUGGAGACGAGAGACCACAAACAACGUUGCAAGGUUUGGACUUUGGGUCCACAUCCCAACCAACCCAGACGAUCCAAGUGACUGCCCCAGUUUCUUCAAGGGUUCCUCUCUUUCAGGACAUCAGCCCCUUUCUUGCGACGGUAGCCAGCCCACAAAACCAACGUUCGAUGACGCCCGUUCCAUGCCUAGCAGAGCCAGUAUUCAUGGCAGCGAAGACAUCAGAUCCACCUUUUGUACCGUCGUUUGAAAACAUAUUCCUAACAUCAACGCCAACGCAGCUCCUGAUGCCGCAACCUCAAACAACAUUGAGUGUAUCGGCACCACUAGUUAGUGCCACUGAAAAGAGACCUUUAGUGACUAGCACGCUAUCCCUUAUCAGGACGAAGAAGCAUCGCCAAGCACCCCCUUACAUGAUGAACCAAUUCAUGAGGCUGUCCUAA